UGGUACAUGCAUAAAGCGGCUCGAAUCGCCUGCAUGUCUCCAUUUUGUCUUUCCUCGACCGCCUAACAACAGUCAAUCCGUAAGACUUCCAACGCCCUUCCAGGCUUUUUUGUUAGUUUAUCUCAAAAACAACUAUACAGAAUGCGUGAGUGCAUCUCCAUCCACGUCGGCCAGGCUGGCGUCCAGAUCGGGAAUGCCUGCUGGGAGCUGUACUGCCUGGAGCACGGCAUCCAGCCGGACGGACAGAUGCCCAGCGAUAAGACCAUCGGCGGGGGAGACGACUCUUUCAACACCUUCUUCAGUGAGACUGGCGCUGGGAAGCACGUCCCCAGGGCCGUGUUCGUGGACCUGGAGCCCACCGUCAUCGAUGAGGUUCGGACCGGGACGUACCGCCAGCUGUUCCACCCUGAGCAGCUCAUCACCGGGAAGGAAGACGCUGCCAACAACUACGCCCGCGGCCACUACACCAUCGGCAAGGAGAUCAUCGACCCGGUUCUGGACCGCAUCCGUAAACUGGCUGACCAGUGCACCGGCCUGCAGGGCUUUCUGGUCUUCCACUCGUUCGGCGGAGGAACCGGCUCCGGCUUCACCUCCCUGCUGAUGGAGCGCCUCUCGGUGGAUUAUGGGAAGAAGUCCAAGCUGGAGUUCUCCAUCUACCCGGCGCCGCAGGUCUCCACGGCGGUGGUGGAGCCGUACAACUCCAUCCUCACCACCCACACCACCCUGGAGCACUCGGACUGCGCCUUCAUGGUGGACAACGAGGCCAUCUAUGACAUCUGCCGCCGCAACCUGGACAUCGAACGCCCCACCUACACCAACCUGAACCGCCUCAUCAGCCAGAUCGUGUCGUCCAUCACGGCGUCUCUGCGCUUCGACGGUGCGCUCAACGUGGACCUGACGGAGUUCCAGACCAACCUGGUGCCCUACCCGCGCAUCCACUUCCCCCUGGCCACCUACGCCCCCGUCAUCUCGGCCGAGAAGGCCUACCACGAGCAGCUGACGGUGGCUGAGAUCACCAACGCCUGCUUCGAGCCCGCCAACCAGAUGGUGAAGUGCGACCCGCGCCACGGCAAGUACAUGGCCUGCUGCCUGCUGUACCGCGGCGACGUGGUGCCCAAGGACGUCAACGCCGCCAUCGCCACCAUCAAGACCAAGCGCUCCAUCCAGUUCGUGGACUGGUGCCCCACCGGCUUCAAGGUGGGCAUCAACUACCAGCCGCCCACCGUGGUGCCGGGCGGAGACCUGGCCAAGGUGCAGCGCGCCGUCUGCAUGCUCAGCAACACCACGGCCAUCGCCGAGGCCUGGGCACGCCUCGACCACAAGUUCGACCUGAUGUACGCCAAGCGGGCCUUCGUCCACUGGUACGUGGGCGAGGGCAUGGAGGAGGGCGAGUUCUCUGAGGCGCGGGAGGACAUGGCCGCCCUGGAGAAGGACUAUGAGGAAGUGGGCGUCGACUCGGUGGAGGGAGAAGACGAGGAGGGGGAGGAGUACUAGACGUGUCUGUUACCGUGGUUACCUUAGCAUGGUUAGCUCUGACUGAACGACAUUCCACAUCAUGUUCUGAUCCAGAUCAUGACUCUUCCUGUUUCCUGCUGCAGUUUCAGCUCUACUUCCUGUUCUGAUCAUUCCUCUGUUUACUGUCUGCUGUUACACAUUGCUUCCUUUACCUGUUACAAUCAUGAAUAAAACAUUUGUUUUAAAAUCAUGAAUAAAACAUUUCUGUUUAAAA